UACAGAAAAAUGCCUGGGCAUAAACCCAGAAAAAAGGAUAUUUCUUUCCCUUCAAAUUUCAGACACAAGGUUCACACGGAUUAUGACAGUAAAGUUGGCCGGCUCACUGGACUUCCAUUACAAUGGAAUAGUAUCCUUCAAAGUGAUUGCAUUGUCAAGAAGGAUGAGAAGGAAAGAAUGUAUAAUAAACCUGUUAGAAAAUACUACCCUGGACUAGACUUAGACAUUCAGAGCCUGCAGUACCGGAGUUUGGAUGACGUAAGAAUGUAUAAGAACAGUAAAGUAUCUAUGCUCCAAUCACCAGCUGAGGAAGGGAAGAUGGGAGGAAAUCUGCAAUGUUUGGAAAAUUUUACCCCAGAUGUAUCUGAUUAUGAUCCUGCUGAAGUAAGAGAGGUUAAUCUAAAGAGAGCCCAGCAAUUAUUCAAGGGUCGGCCAAAUGAUAUUGGAUACUACAAGAAGCUUAUUCUAUCCAGAUUAGAUAAAUUCAAGAUUUCUACAGAUCGUCUCCAUCUAUCAACCAUUUCCGGGCCAGAGAUAAAACUACAAUUUCCCGGCAUUUCUACUCCCGAGACACAAAAUCUGCAUCUUCCUACUAUUCCAAGAGUCGGGAAACAAAAUCUGCAUCUUCCUACUAUUCCAAGAGUCGGGAACCAAAAGUCGAAUCGCACCACCGCCAUCCUCCAAGUCGGGAAGAAAACACUUCUACGUCCAGAGGAUUUUAAAACAGAGAUUAAGCUUCCUGAUGAAACCCAAAUCAUUGGACAAAGAUAUGCUGAGAAUAAUUAUACUCCUGGAUGGUGGUCAGCGUCAAGCUGGUCAACUGGUCUGCUCAACCAACAACCCGGAGAUCUCAAUGCUCAAACCAAUACUACGCUCACCAACUCGUCAGAUCUUAUCCAGGUCAAAUCAAUCCUUAAACAAUCAUCUUCUUCUUCAACUUCCUCUUCAACUUCUACAGUAGCAUCAGCAAGAGCCCCGGUUCAACCCCCUGGAAUUCCACCACAUAGAGAUACUGGAGACACUAGAACUCCGCCCCCUAGACCACCUAAACCAUCUGGAGAACUCAGGCGAACCAGAUUCCCAGACUCCGUCGAAAAUCCAGUUUAUUUUGUAUACUCGGACCAAAAUGAAAAUUACGUAACAUAUAGUUUACCAGUGAAGAAAGAAGACAGAAGGAAGCAAACAGGAGAAGAAGAAGAAGAGAAAGAAGAAGAAGAAGAAGAAAAACACAAACAAGAAGAAAAAACACAAAAAGAACGAGAAAAGGAAGAUGUUUACGAAAGUCUGGAAGCUUUAGAAAAUGAAAAUCUUGAUGAGUUAGAGGAGCAUGGAGAACAUGAGCAGCAAGAAGUACAAGAAGAACAAGGACAUAAAGCACAAGAAGAACAAGAGAAACAAGAAGAACAAAAAGAACAAGAAGCACAAGAUUCUCUGAAAAAGAAGGAAGAAAAUGAAAGUUUAUCUGAGAACUAUAAACUGUUCCUCUCUACCCUCAGGGGAAUAGCAGCUGAAGGAAACCUUGAGAAAAACUAUAUAAACCUUGUCAAAACAGGAGUAGAUGUCACUGGUUCAAUGUACAUUGGUGAACGUGUACUCAAUAAUAGCAAGGUUUCUAUUAAGAAGGUGAACCUCAAAACACAGUCAUGGACAAGUUUAGAGUGCUUGUAUACAGAUAUAAUGAUAAUGCUAGAAUAUCCACACAGAAACAUUGUUGGUAUUCUUGAGAAGAGAAGCAUGCAUGAAGGCGAGAUUGCUGACAUCUGCCGGGAUAUCCUGUCAGCGCUGCACUACCUGCAUAGCCUUCUUAUAGUACACAGUUAA